UCACUUGAACAAGCUCACAAGAAGCAGAAAGUCGACUAUCCCAGCGAUCUUCAACUCCCCACUGCAUUUUGGGGUAAUUUAUUAAGCCCUUACGAGGCCUCUCACCAGCGACUAACAUCGAGCUAUUCAAAGAUUUGCUCGCCAUAUUGA